CAGUUAGUAAAUAAAGUUCAGUACUCUUCUGGGUGUGUGCAGAGUGUCUGAUGAGUGUAAAGACAUGAUGGAGUUAUUUAUAGGGGCCUAUAAAAGUCUCUCAUGUUCAGCGGAGUCCGAUGGCAUGUUGUGUGUAAACAUGAACCGCGCUGGGGUUCGGGGUGCCGACUGUUCCCCUGCUCCGUCUCUCACGGGCGAGAACAUCCGAGUCAUCAUUUUGUGUGUCACUGAAACCUUGAGGAAAAUAUUCCAUAAUUAUGUACGUGGGCCGGCGGUGCAGUGAGUUCAGGGGCAAAGGCACAACAAAACUGCAGCACAGGACCGCAGGUGGUGUCCGAACAGCAAGCCAGAAAACCCCCUCCAGCUUAUGGAUGAUAUCUGCACAGGAUCAUGUGCACUAACAGCAUCAGGAACCAGGAGUGUGUGACAUGGCGAACUCUUAACGGCCUCCGUCUCGUCGCCCUCACGCCUGCUGAGGAUGAGGAUCAGCUGCUGUCGGCCGUGUGGAGCGGAGACGUGAGGAAAGUGAGGAAUAUUCUGAUGCGUGAGAAAACUCCGAGGGAUCUCCUGACGGCAGACGCAGAAGGCUGGACUGCGAUACACGAGGCGGGUUAUUACGGCCAAGCGGAGUGCCUGAAGCUGCUGCUUACAGCUGUCCCUGAGAUGAUUAACACUCGAACCCAGAAACACCAGACUCCUCUCAUUCUCGCUGUGUCCCGGGAGCACUUCCUGUGUGUGCAGUAUCUUCUGGAGAAAGGGGCGAACCCCGGAAUUCCCACCAUAACCAACGAGACGCCUCUCUAUGAAGCGUGUGCCACGCGUAACGCUCGGAUGGUGCGUCUCCUGGUGAGAAACGGAGCAGAUGUCAAUCAGAAAUGUUUGGAUGGAUGGACGGCUCUGCACGAGGCAGUGUCGCAGAACCACGUGGAGAUCUGUGAGGUUUUAGUGGAGCACGGAGCUGAGAUCAGCUCUCGCAACAUCUACGGAGUCACGCCGCUGUUCCUCGCUGCGCAGUGCGGAUGCCUGGAGCCGCUCAGGUUUCUCAUCCGAAAGGGUGCUGAUGUCAACAGCGAGGCGAAAGACGGAGCCACGCCGUUGUACGAGGCCUGCAGGAACGAUCACUCAGACGUCGUCGGGUUUCUCCUGUCUCACAGCGUCGAUGCUAACAGACCCGGAAAGGACGGACUUUUACCUCUUCACAUUGCAGCGAAACACGGGAACGACGGGAUCGUCUCCAAACUGAUCCCGAUCACGAGCAUGACCGAAAUCCAGCGCAGCGGCAUCAGUCCUGUGCAUCUCUCGGCCGAGAGCAAUGAAGACCAAGCCCUGGAGAUCCUGAUCCACGCUGGCUUUGAUGUCAACUUCCUGCUGGCUCCAGAACGCUCCUGUAUGUAUGAAGACCGUCGCGUGUCACCUCUGUACUUUGCUGUAGAUAACAGGAACCUGGAGGCUGCCAGCAUGCUUCUCGACGCCGGCGCUGAUCCAAACCUGGACCCGUUCAACGUCCUGCUGCUGGCCGUGAGGCACGGUCACGUACACAUGGCCACCUUACUCCUGGAGCAUGGAGCUAACGUUAACGCUUCCCUUCCUACACAGCCCAGCACGUUCCCUGCCUGCGUCAUGCUCGGCGUGAGGAACAUCGCCAUGAUGAAAUGCCUGAUGGACCACGGCUGUGAUGCCGUAGCGUGUUUUCGGUGUGAAUAUGGAGCCGAGGAUCAUCCGACGUACACCAGGAGCGAGCUGGAGACACGUCCGUGUUUGCAGUUCUGUGAGAUGAUCUCAGCUCGGUCGGUGUGUCACUGCACAGGACCAGUCGUUAACCUGCUCCUGGAUUACGUCAUUCAUGUAAAACUCUGUUCCAGACUCAAGAAACUGCUGGAAAGUGAUGAUUCCUGGAUGCAUGUCAAAGACAAAACAAUGCUUCCUCAGAGUCUAAUGCACCUGUGCAGAGUGAGAAUCCGACAGUUCGUGGGAAUAAAAAGACUGAAGUGUAUCAGGAACCUUCCAGGAAGAUUAAUCAGGUUCCUCAACCACGAUGUGCAAUGUGAAGAUAUACUUUAAACUCCUGCAUGUAUCGCAUUGCUUCUUAUUUUUGCAGCAAAUCCCAGCAGUCUUCAUUGUUACAUAAUAUGCUGCUUCCGUUAUUGUCAUACAAACACUGUGCUAGAAGACUCAUGUUUGGGAAACUAAAAUGUUUAUUGUACUGAGCUGAUAAUGUAGAAGUCAUAAAAUAAACCCAUAACAAAUUGUGUAGUAAAAUAAAUAGGGUGGCUAAAACUUUUGCACAGUACUAUGUAAUAUAUAUAUAGGAUGUAGACAAUGAGAACCUGAUUAAACAAAUGAGACAAAAAUAUUACACUUGGUCAUUUAUUUAUUGAGGAAAAUGAUUACAUAUCUGUGAGGGUAAAAGUAUGUGCACCCUUUCUUUCAGUAUGUGGUGUGAGCUCCUUGUGCAGUAAUAACUGCAGAUAAACGUUUGGGGUAAGUGUUGAUCAGUCCUGCACAUCGGCUCGGAGGAGUUUUAUCCCGUUCCUCAGUACAGAACAGCUUCAACUCUGGGAUGUUGGUGGGUUUCCUCACAUGAACUGCUCGCUUCAGGUUCUUCCACAACAUUUCUACUGGAUUAAGAUCAGGACGUUGACUCGGCCGUUCCAAAACAUUCACUUUAUUCUUCUUUAAACGUUCUUUAGUAGAACGACUCGUGUGUGUUUAGGAUCGUUGUCUUGCUGCAUGACCCGCUUUCUCUUCAGAUUCAGAUCAUGGACAGAUGUCCUGAUAUUUCCCUUCAGAGUUCACUGGAAUAAUUCAGAAUUCAUUGUUCCAUCAGUGAUGGUGAGUCGUCCUGGUCCAGAUGCAGCAAAACAGGUCCAAACCCUGACACUACCACCACCAUGUUUCACAGAUGGGAGAAGGUUCUUAUGCUGGAAUGCAGUGUUUUCCUUUCUCCAAACAUCACGCUUCUCAUUUAAACCAAAAGUUCUAUUUUGGUCUCCUCCAUCCACAAAACAUUUUUCCAUUAGACUUCUGGUUUGUCCACGUGAUCUUUAUCAAACUGCAGAGGGGCAGCAAUGUUCUUUUUGGAGAUCAGUGGGUUUCUCCUCGCAGUCCUGCCAUGCACACCGUUGUUGUUCAGUGUUCUCCUGAUGGUGGACUCAGGAACAUUAACAUUAGCUGAUGUGAGAGAGAACUUUAGUUGUGUAGAAGUUCCCCUGGGUUCCUGUGUGACUCACAGAUAUGUAAUAUUGGACCAUUUUCCUCAAUAAAUAAAUGACCAAGUAUAAUAUUUUUUGUCUCAUUUGUUUACUUGGGUUCUCGUUGUCUACUUUUAGAACUUGUGUGAAAAUCUGAUUUAGGUCAUAUUUAUGCAGAUAUAUUA